GACUGCGAAGAAAGACAAGGUAAUAUUUGUAGCAACGAAGUAAAGCGCCAAACCCUAAAACAGAGAGUUAGUUUCAAAUAGCGAAAAUGGACGAAGAAGUUACAACUGAAAGCAGAAAAGAAACCGAAGUAGCACCAGCCCUAAUCGCCGUCCACCCAACCGGCCACCACAUCGCCGUAGCAGUCGGACCGGAGCUCCGCAUCUUCAACCUCCUUAACAAUUCUGCAGUUUCUUUACACGACGAUUCCAUCUCCGGUGACAAUCACUUCCAUAAAGAUAAUAUCAGAGCAAUUCGAUUCGGUGCUAAAGGAAAACUAUUCGUAUCCGCUGGUGAUGAUAAAACCCUAAAAAUUUGGUCAGCGGAAUCUUGGCAUUGUAUUUUGACAGUUUCGUCGGAGAAGAGAGUUACUGCUGUUGCUAUAAGCAACGACGGUUUGUAUGUGUGUUUUGCUGAUAAAUUUGGACUUGUUUGGGUUGUGGAUCUUAAUCAAACUUCAAUUGAUAAGAAACCGAUGCCGCUUCUUUCGCAUUAUUGUAGUAUUAUCACUAGUUUGGAAUUUUCGCCGGAUAAUCGGUUUAUUAUCAGUGCUGAUAGGGAUUUUAAAAUUCGUGUUACUAAUUUUCCCAAGAAUCCUUUAAAUGGAGCUCACGAGAUACAGAGUUUUUGUCUUGGUCAUACAGAGUUUGUUUCCUGCCUUGCCUUCGUUCCUGCUCAGGAAAGCCCUCACAGUCUUCUACUAUCUGGAAGUGGUGAUUCCACAGUCCGAUUGUGGGAUAUCUCCUCUGGAGCACUCCUAGAUACUUGUGAGGUUGCAGUUAAGGCAGGGCUUUUAGAGUCCAAUGACAACACAGAAGAGCAUGGCCAUGCUGUUACUGAUUUAUGUACCACCCUGGAUGGUUUGCUUGUUGCUGUGGCCAUUCAGAGCUUGCGAGGAAUUGUGUUGUUGAGUUACAAUGUUUCUGCACAAACACUUUCUGUAGCCAAGGUUGUUUCUAUUGCAGGAGACACCUUUGUCCCUACCUGCCUGGCGAACAGCCCGCCUACAAGGGAAUUGUGGAUGGUUACAGGUGUCUCCAGUUUACCUGGUUAUGAUUACCCCUCUUUGGCUCGUGUUCUAGUAAUUUCUGGUAUUGAUGCUGACCAAGAGCCAGUUGUUCUGGGAGACGAUAAGAUACCUGGGGGAGUAAAGCUGCUAGAAACGUUACAAGGAACUGCAGCUGUUGACGACAAUGCUUUUUCGGUAGCAGCUGAAGCUGUCAAAGCAGCAAUGUGUAACCUAUUGAUAAAAAAGCAAUACCCUUUCGAGAAUAGAGAAUAUAGAAAGAAAACCAGAAAUGACAGAAAACUCAAAGAAUAGCAAUAUGCCAUCAAAUUUUGUUUUUAUUAAUUUAUGUAGCAGCUUAGCGUAGUUUCCUUGAUUAGAAAUUCUUAAACACUAUAUAUUCUAGACUUCUUUUGUUCUGUAUUAUUUAUUUUCUGCUGAAAACCAUAUUUCUAUUGCCAUCAGUUUUGUGGCCAGCCUUUUUCAAAUUGUCUGAAACAUCUAGUAACUAUUGUUCAUGAUUUUAUGUAGUGUGGUGCAGUAGAAUUACAUUUCCUAUGCCGUGACAUCUAUAACCAUUUCUAAUUUGUGUGACAACUUAAUUGAACCUCAAUGCUAAGCUGAAUGCACUGGUAAUCAUAUGGAGUUUCUUCUGGUUGAGGGAUGGCUAACGUUCUAUUUUUUGAGUGACUGGCCUCGAUUGCUCAGACGUGGGAGCAGCCCUCCGCUUUUCCGGAUUUUAGGGCCAGCAUGUUUCAUUGUCGUGACUAGGAAAUUACGUAUGUAUAGAAAGAAAGAUUGUCUCAAUAUAGUCAUGGGCUAUGCUUGUUAACAUGUCGGUUUAUGCUACUUGGGUUGGGCCCAUCCAAGAAUUACCUUCUAUUGCCAGCCUCCAACUCUUCCAUUUUUAGCUCUAAAGCAUGUAAUGAAUGCAUUACAAUAUUCAAAAAAUUGCUAGCAAUAAAAUUUAGUCAAAUAUGAAAUGUACACAAUCUGUAUUUGGUACUAGUUUUUAGAUUCAUUAUCAUUGUGAUGUGUAUGUACUGUAUGAUUUAAUUCAUGGGCAAUUUUCUUUUGUUGACAA